UGGGUAUCUCCGAAAAUAUAGCAAAAGUGGGGAAGGGGAGGGAACUCUUUAUAGUAAUUUUCAAUACCACCUUUCGUUUUCACCUUCCCUCUAUUGUUUUGGCCUUUUGGGUCUUCAUCUCUCAAUCAUUACCAUUCAGUUUCAGAGCCUUCUACAAAUUCGUUUGAACGAGGUCAGUUUCUUCCUUCUUUCACAUAGCUGGGCUGAAACGAGCUUAACCCCACUUGCCUUCAGCUUCCCAAUUUGUUUAUGAGUGUUGUAAAAUUUGGAACAAAAAAAAAAAGAAAUGCUCAAGCUCAAGGUUUCUCAAUCUUUAUUUAAGGUGGCAUUUUUUUUUUUUAUAAUUUGUUGCUUCUUUUUAGUUUGCGAAGCUUCUGGGGAUGUUAUUGGUUAAUUUUAAUGGUGCUAGAAGGAUAGACAAAGACUUGUUCAAGUGUAAGUCUCAUUCUUUAAUUGAAUUCAUUGGCUACUUGAAGAAUAUAUUAAUCCUGACUAGGAAAGCUUGCAUUUUUUACCUAAUGCACAUGUAUGUCACUCACAACAAAGGGCAGAGUUUCGCCUAAAAGUGUCCAUUUCUUCAAAAUUCCAUGGGUCCCCGUUUGAUAUAUAUUGACCUAAAAGUUGACAAAUUGGUCUUCCUUCAAUUUCUUGGUUAAGUUGUGUUUCCUGUUGCAUAAGUAGGUACGAUGAUUGAAUUUGUACAUUAAUUUGUAGAAAUAUCCUUUCUUCUUGUGUUUGUGCCUGUAUUCUUUGCCUGGAAAUUGGGGAUUUGGGACUUGAGAGCUGGAAAAGGUAGCUUAUUCCCUUUUCUUUGAUGAUUUAUGUAUGCAGUCUGAUUCAUGUUUCUUCCUUGGUUCCUGUGAAUGUUUGAUGAAACUCUACGGAUUUGUUGCUCUGGAAAAGGCGAAUGAAUUAUGUCCAAGAAUGUGAUCAGAACAGAAAUUUUUCUCAGUAGUACAAUAAUGUCCUUUUUUGCAUCAUAUUGGGAAUUAAUAGUGGUCUAUCUUAUCUAGGUUGAAUCUGCUUACUUGAGGAAGUUGUGGCCUUUGCUGGAGAUUUGAACUUGCAGUUUAAGAUUAGAUGGAAGCUUGUUCAUCAGUAGAAUCAAAAGAUAAACAAAAACAUUGUCCUCUAACGCCAUGGAAAAUGCUGAAGGGUGUACUAUGUUUGAUUGUCUUAGUUUUGACCGCAUUCAUGCUGUUGAUAUACUGCGGGUUUUGGACGGCUUUUGGCUUGAGGUUUUUUAGCAUACAUUAUAGCAGGACAGCAACUUCUUUUUUUCUAGGAACCUGGAUUGCUUUGUGGCCGUUUUUCUUCGAGAAAAUAAACCAGACCAAAGUGGUCUUCUCCGGAGAGUCUGUCCCAGCAAGGGAGCGUGCGUUGCUUAUUGCAAACCACAGGACUGAGGUUGAUUGGAUGUACUUGUGGGAUCUUGCUGUGCGUAAGGGUUGCCAAGGUUGUAUCAAGUAUGUUCUCAAGAGCAGUUUGAUGAAAAUGCCUGUAUUUGGGUGGAUUUUCCAUAUCGCAGAGUUCAUUCCGGUUGAGAGAAAGUGGGAGGCUGAUGCAUCAACCAUCUAUCAGAUGCUUUCGAUGUUAAAAGAUCCUGAAGAUCCACUAUGGCUUGCCGUUUUUCCUGAAGGCACUGAUUUCACAGAACAGAAAUGCCUUCGCAGUAAAAAAUAUGCUGCUGAGACAGGACUUCCUGUUAUGAAAAACGUGCUGCUUCCAAAAACAAAAGGAUUUUAUGCAUGCAUAGAAUGUUUACGAGGCUCAUUAGAUGCAGUUUAUGACAUAACGAUCGGGUACAAGUUCCGUUGUCCAUCUUUCCUGGAUAAUGCUUUUGGUGUUGAUCCUGCUGAGGUUCACAUCCAUAUUGAGCGGGUAAAUAUAUCUGACCUCCCAGAAUCUGAGGACGGAACAACUUCAUGGCUGAUGGAAACAUUCCGUCAGAAGGAUCAACUGCUCUCCGACUUUUAUGUGAAUGGCCACUUCCCCGGAGAAGGAAUAGAAGACGAGCUUUCGACAGUGAAGUGUGUGCUAAACUUUGUUUUUGUUAUCACCUUGACUGGUGUGUGUACAUUUUUGACCUUUUUCGCAUCCAUUUGGUUUAAAAUUUAUGUGGUCUCAGCAUGUGCCUAUUUUGCUGCUGCUACACUUAUGAAUUUUCGACCCAAGCCCAUUUUGGUUUUGUAAGAAAUCAUCACGAAAGCAAAAUCUACGCUUUUUCGUUUAUCUUAUAGUUGAGAUUUUGUUCCCCUUGUGUGAAUAUAUGUUGUUCUUCAACCAUUAUGUUCAUCAUUGGAAACUUCACAUUAAUCUGUACCAACCUGUAAGUGUGCGUGAGCAUUGGGUUGUAUGGCUGCGAAACAAGAAAGAAGAACGAU